CAUGCUGGGGAGUCCAAGAUGGCGGCGCCCAGUGGAGGCUGCGCCUGAUCGAGCGGCGGCUCCGGGGCUGGAAUACAGUUAUCAGCGGCGGCGGCGGCGGCCCCGGGCACAGCGAGAGGCCCUCACCGCAGCGUUACAUUCCCGGGGGGUUCAACAGCCAAGAAAACACGGUGGAAAUAAGUUCUGUGCGUCUACUGACACUUUCUGUUUAAAUAAUGCUGAUAUCUGGAACCCAUGUCGAACGUCUAUGAAGAGAGGGUAACGAUGAUAGCAGCAGGGGAAAUGCAGGAGUUUGUUCCUUUUGGCCGUGACCACUGCAGGCGCCACCCUAAUGCCACAAAUCUUCAGCUUCGGCAGCUGCAGCCAGCCUCAGAGCUGUGGUCUUCUGAUGGAGAUGCGGGGCUAGUGGGGUCGCUGAGGGAAGUCACGAUCCACGAGAAACAAAAGGAGAGCUGGCAGCUGAGGAAAGGCUCUUGUGACGUAGGGGAAGAGCUGGACUAUGAUGAGGAGCUGUAUGUGGCUGGUAACAUGGUCAUAUGGAGCAGAGGAAGUAAAAGUCAUGCCUGUUCAGUCUACAAGGCAUUCACAGUGGACAGCCCUGUCCUGCAGGCGUUAUGGUGUGAUUUCAGCAAUCCGCAGGACAAGAUGGAAGGUUCUGAAGCAGAACGAGGAAGCAGCUCCCAAACAGCAAACAACUUUCCGUCUCCUUUCAUGGGGAUUUCAGGACAAAGCAAGAAAAUCGCAUCUUCAUCUCCUGUAAAUCGGAAAGGGCCAGCAGAGGAAGUGGAGCUGGCUCAAGAGAAACAAGAGAAGUGCGUAUGUAUAGUGCAGAAAUCCUGUGUGAAUGUGCACACUGUGGAUGGCAAGGACUACAUUGCUCCUUUACCCUUCCAGGUUGCAGGUGUGUGGGCAACCAGGUACGGAUUAAUCUUCGAGCGCAGCAAUCCCGUACAGGAAGUACCUCUGAGUCCACCGAGGGAACCUUUGCCUACCAUGUUCAGCAUGCUCCAUCCACUGGAUGAAAUUGCACCCCUUGUCUGCAGGUCAGGAGGUCUGAACAGUAUGACAAGAAUACAGUAUGUUGCUGACCAUACUCUGAAAAUUGUUUUCUCCUGCUCAAAACCAUCUAUUAUCAUGACAUAUGACACCAUACAGUGCCUUCACACAGUUUGGACAUUACGCAAAAUUAAAAUGGAGGAACAAAAUACACUUCUGAGGUAUCCAGGAGCCUCGGGCACCCCUCAGAAUGUGGCUACCAGCAGCUCUUUGACUGCCCACCUCAGAAGUGUCUCAAAGGGAGAGUCCCCGACUGCGUCUCCUUUCCAAAACUACUCCUCAUUUCCCAGCCAGAGCAGGUCUACAAUCUCACCCGGCGCACACUCCCGCUCUCAUUCUCCUUCCAUUUCAAACAUGGCAGCUCUGAGCCGUUCCCAUUCCCCGUCUCUGGGAGCUUCGGCUUUCUCUGGCGUGCAGAGGUUUAACUUGUCAGCAUACAUGCCCUCUCCAAAGCGUGACAGAACAUCCAAUUCCCCCAAUAGUACUCUGAGUGACUCCUUGCUGAUCCCUGAAACAGAGCCAGUUAUUCCAGAGUUGUGCCUUGACCACUUGUGGACAGAAACUGUACUGAAUAUGAGGGAAAAGAACUCCCAGGCUUCAAAAGUAUUUAUUACCAGCGAUGUGUGUGGCCAGAAGUUCCUAUGUUACUUGGUGGAGUCCCACCAUCAGUUGCGAUGUGUGAAAUUUGAAGAAAGCAAUGACUUGUCACAGCUAAUUUUUGGGGCCGUCACUGUGUUACAGGCGAAGGAUGCUGCUUCCGUGGAGAGUGUGAACACAAUGCUGGUGCUUGAGAGCGGUGGGAACCUGGUGCUGUACACGGGAGUUAUACGGAUUGGCAAGGUGUUUAUUGCUGGACUUCCAGCCCCAUCCCUGUCUGUGUCCAACCCAAUGCCACGACCCAGUACUCCGUUGGAUAGCAUUAGUACUCCAGCUCGGUCUUCAACCAGGCAUCCUGGUACAUUGGAUGAGGCUGCAUGGCUGUCUCCAGUCCCUGAACUGAUCGAUUGUACGAAGAUUCAUGACUCAUUGUAUAUGGAAGACUGCACCUUUCAGCAGAUUGGAACUUACAUUCACUCUUUGCGUGAUCCUGUUCAAAACAGAGUUACCCUGGAAAUGAGUAACGGUGCUUUAAUCAGGAUUACCACACCUGAAUUAGCAAAUUCUCAAUUGGUAAAAAAAUGCUUACAAGCAAUAAAAUAUAUUCUCCCCAAAGAGGUUGCAGUGCAAGUUUUAAUUAAGUGGUACAACACCUACAAUGCACCCGGAGGCCCCAAUUACCAUUCAGAAUGGAAUUUGUUUGUGACCUGCCUGAUGAACAUGAUGGGUUACAGCACAGACAGAUUAACAUGGACGCGCAAUCUUGACUUUGAAGGCUCCCUGUCUCCUGUGAUUGCACCCAAGAAGGCCAGACCAUCUGAAGGUGGCACAGAUGAGGACUGGGAUUACAUACUGACAUCUGACUACCAUCGUAACUUUGAGUCUCACCUUUUGGCUAGUGCUCUGCAUUUAGACUCCAUGGAGGUGUUGCAUCCAAAGGAAGAGAUUCUGCAGAACCUCACCCUGGACUCAACAAUGAUCCUCUUCAGCCACAUUCCUGCCAUUUUCUUUGUGCUGCACUUGAUUUAUGAGGAGCUGAAGUUGGAUAGCUUGAUGAGGGAGGGUGAACGAUCCCUCGUCAUUCUUCUACAUCAGCUUGCUAGAGAUUUGAAGCAGGACGCCUAUAUGGAUUUCUAUUGGCGAGACUAUCCUUCUUUGGUGAAGAAUUUAAAGCAAACGUGUAAAAUUGAUCAAGCUCACACAAGACUCAUGCACCAGCCAUCCUUCCUUACCAUUGAUCCUCCAAGCAUAUAUCACUGGCUGAGUUCAUGCCUAAAUGGGGAUGUCAUAUCCCCUUUCCCCUACUUGCCUGGAAUCUGUGAAAGAACAAAGUUAGUGGUGCUGAGCUUUGUAUUAUACAUACUCGGCGAUGAAAAAGCUCUUUCCAAUGAACCAUCCAUGUAUUUAGUCAGAAUAUCAGCAGGGCAAAGAAAACAGCAAGCAGGUGACGCCAACAAAAGGCUCAGUUUGAAUCCGUACGCAUCAUCAUCCAGUUUAGCUGAGAAACUGGUGGUUUCCCUGACAAAUAUAGAGUUUACCUUGAAGGAUUUGGAGUCGCUCCCCUUUGGGGUUGCGAUUCCUAUACGGGAUGCUAUUUACCAUUGUCGUGAGCAGCCUUCUUCAGAUUGGUCCCAAGAUGCUUGCUCGCUGAUUGGACGUCAGGACCUUUCUAAACAGGCACAUGAGGGAAACCUGCAUAAGACAAAAUCUGCUAUUGGACACUUACUGACCUCCGAUGGAACCUCUGGAAGUGAAGCUGAGGAGGAGGAAGAUGGAAUGAAUGAGAUGAAUCCAGAGUUGAUGUCUCUGAUCUGGAAUGAGGAUCUGCGUGUUCAGGAGGUGCGUCGGCUGCUCCAGAGCGCGCAUCCUGUCCGUGUGAAUGUUGUGCAGAUGCCCGAGGUGAAUGAUCACGAGUACAUCGAGGAGAAAGAAAACAGGUUGCUGCAGUUGUGCCAGCGAACUUUGGCACUUCCUGUAGGAAGAGGGAUGUUCACACUAUUCUCUUAUCAUCCAGUGCCGACCGAACCACUGCCUAUCCCAAAAUUAAAUCUGACUGGACGUGCUCCUCCUCGAAACACAACAGUUGACCUGAACAGCGGAAACAUCGAUGUGCCACCCAACAUGGCCAGUUGGGCCAGCUUUCACAACGGUGUGGCUGCUGGUCUGAAGAUAGCACCAGCUUCUCAAAUAGACUCUGCCUGGAUUGUGUACAAUAGGCAAAAGAACACUGAGCUAACAAAUGAGUAUGCGGGCUUGCUGAUGGCACUGGGGUUGAAUGGACACCUGAGCAAGCUGACUACAAUGAGCAUCCACGACUACCUCAGCAAGGGGCAUGAGAUGACCAGCAUAGGACUACUGCUGGGAAUUUCCGCUGCAAAACUGGGCACCAUGGAUAUAUCGGUCACUCGUCUCCUGAGUAUUCAUAUCCCUGCAUUGUUACCGCCCACGUCAACUGAGCUGGAUGUCCCCCACCAUUUACAGGUUGCUGCUGUCAUGGGAGUGGGACUGGUGUACCAAGGCACUGCCCACAGGCAUAUUGCUGAAGUGCUUCUGACUGAAAUAGGUCGUCCUCCAGGUCCUGAAAUGGAAAACUGUACUGAUCGGGAAUCGUACUCGCUGGCUGCUGGUCUUGCUCUUGGCAUGGUCUGUCUUGGGCAUGGAAGUAACCUGAUAGGCAUGUCUGACCUGAAUGUCCCAGACCAGCUGUAUCAGUACAUGGUGGGAGGGCACCGGCGAUCACAGCCAGGAGUUCACAGAGAAAAGCACAAAUCCCCCAGCUACCAAAUCAAGGAAGGGGACACUGUAAAUGUGGAUGUUACAUGUCCUGGAGCCACACUGGCUUUAGCCUUGCUGUAUCUCAAAACAAAUAACAGAUCCAUUGCAGAUUGGCUGCGGGCCCCAGACACUCAGUACCUGUUGGACUUUGUUAAGCCUGAGUUUCUUUUAAUGCGGACCCUGGCAAGAGGAUUAAUUAUGUGGGAUGAAAUCAAGCCUAACCCGACGUGGAUUAAUAGUAACGUGCCGCCUAUUGUUAGACAGAAUAAUGUAUCAUUAAAUACGACGGAAGGUCUAACACCGGAAGAUAUCGACUUGCAAACAAUGCGCCAAGCACACAUUAACAUUAUAGCUGGUGCUUGUAUGGCAAUGGGUCUCCGUUUUGCAGGUUCUUCGAAUGCAGCGGCUUUCAAUUGUUUGCACAAAUACAUUAAGAUGUUUCUGGAGUCGGUCUCUGCACCUGCUGCCGCCUUGGCUGGCCACCACAACCUGGAAACCUGCUUGAGCGUAGUCCUGCUUUCUCUUGCCUUAGUCAUGGCUGGCACAGGCAACUUGAAGGUCUUGCAGUUAUGCCGGUUUAUGCACAAAAGAACUGGAGGAGAAAUGAAUUAUGGAUUUCACAUGGCGACUCAUAUGGCUCUUGGCCUUCUCUUCUUGGGAGGAGGAAGAUAUUCUUUGUGCACCUCUAAUUCUGCAAUUGCAGCUCUCCUUUGUGCACUUUAUCCUCGAUUCCCAGCUCACAGCUCUGACAACAGAUAUCACCUCCAGGCUCUGAGACACUUAUAUGUGCUGGCUACUGAACCACGUCUGCUGGUGCCCAUUGAUGUGGAUACAAACACACCUUGUUAUGCCCUUAUAAACGUUGCCUAUAAGGCUUCUCAGUGGUGUGAGGAAAUGACAGUAAACCUCAUGGCACCAACCCUGCUUCCUGAACUACACUUGUUAAAAGAGAUCAAAGUAAAAGGUCCCAAGUACUGGGAGAUUAUGAUGGAUCUAAGCAAAGGUCCUCAAAGCUUGCAAGCAAUUUUAUCAAAAGAUGGCUUCCUUUAUGUCAAGCUACGAGCUGGACAUCUCUCCUACACUGAGGAUCCCAAAGGGUUUCGUAGUCUGUUAGCUCAAACGUUUACACAUAGAAACCCUGAGUUCCUUUCUGUCAAGCCUGAAGCAGUUUCAGCAUUUACUUCUGACCCAGCACUGCUGUCAUUUGCAGAGUAUUUCUGCAAACAGUCAAACGAAAAUGGGCAGAAAAAGGAAAUGCUGGACUUGUUCUCAUCGAUUCUUUAUGAGUGUGUUACGCAAGAGAAGCCAGAAAUGCUGCCGACCUAUAUGGCCAUAGAUCAGGCUGUGAGACGAUUGGAACGGAGGGAGAUGUCAGAAACCUUUGAGCUCUGGCAGAUAAAAUUAGUUCAACAAUUCUAUAACUCCGUUUGCCUGCAGGAUAAGUUUAAAACAAACACAGGGCUCCUUAUCAACCCCGAGUUUCUUCUAGCUAUGAAGAGUACAUUGGAUAAAACACUGGAUCAGUGGCUUCAUGGAUCAGGUGAUGUGCCUUUGCAUUCCUAUCUAAGUGGGCAGCCUGUGGAGGAGUCACAAAUGAAUGUAUUGGCAUGUUUCUCAGUGUAUCAUUCAAUCCCUACCAUUCGACAAAUAGCAAGCAUACGACUUGAAGGUACUUCAAGUUUUUCAGAACUUCUGGUGAAAUUUAGUCAACUCCAUUUACCAGUACAAGCACUGCUGAGAUUAGCACCGGUGAUUCUUGGCAGUCCCCAGGCCAUGUUGCUUUGACAGCCCCUGGGAUAACUAGCCAAAGACUGAAUAGGACCAAUGCGAGAUUUGUUUGACUGUUCAUUAGAGAUUGAUCAAAGAAUGCUAUUAAAAGUGUAAGUACUUCCUCAAUAAAGUUACAGUUGUUGCUGUCUUAACGCAUGCUAACGGACUGUAAAUAACCACUAUCUGUUGCUGUGUAUUGUCAGCAGGUCUCUGAUGUGCAUCUGUCAGUUGAAGAUGUACUUGCAACAGAUGAAUUCAAUUUGUGAAUAAAGGUAUUUACUUUUGCAA